CUGUUUUGUCACGUUUUACACAAGGAAAGCUGCCCUUGAAGCCCAGAAUGCACUGCAUAACAUAAAGACCUUAACAGGGAUGCAUCACCCUAUUCAGAUGAAACCUGCAGACAGUGAGAAAUCUAAUGCUGUUGAAGACAGGAAGCUGUUCAUCGGCAUGGUGUCGAAGAAGUGCAACGAGAACGACAUCCGGGUCAUGUUCUCCGCGUUCGGCCAGAUCGAGGAGUGCCGGAUCCUCCGGGGGCCCGACGGGCUCAGCAGAGGUUGUGCGUUUGUCACGUUUUCCACCAGAGCCAUGGCACAGAAUGCAAUCAAAGCCAUGCACCAGUCUCAGACCAUGGAGGGCUGCUCGUCUCCCAUCGUGGUAAAGUUCGCCGACACGCAGAAGGACAAGGAGCAGCGGCGUCUGCAGCAGCAGCUGGCACAGCAGAUGCAGCAGCUCAACAGCGCGACCACCUGGGGGAGCCUGACGGGCCUGGGCGGCCUCACCCCGCAGUACCUGGCUGUAAGAGUCGCCGCCGCGUCGCCUGCCUCCAUCAUCACCUCCUCCUCCUCCGUCUCACCCUGCAGCCCCGUGGCCAGCGCAGCCACACUGCUGCAGCAGGCCGCCUCCUCCGGCAACCUGGGAGCCUUCAGCGGGAUCCAGCAGAUGGCCGGUAUGAGCGCUCUGCAGUUGCAGAACCUGGCCACUUUAGCAGCGGCGGCGGCGGCGGCCCAAAACUCAGCCAGCCCCUCCACCGCAAACCCCCUGUCCUCCAGCGCCGCCUCCCUGGGAGCGUUGGCCAGCCCAGCAGCAGGCACAACGGCCAGCUCCAACGCCGGUGCCAUGAACUCUCUGACCUCUCUGGGUACCCUGCAGGGCCUGGCAGGCGCGACUGUUGGCCUGAACAACAUUAAUGCACUAGCAGGUAGCAUCAACAGUAUGGCGGCUCUAAACGGAGGCCUGGGCGGCGCAGGGCUCACCAACGGCACAGCAGGCACCAUGGACGCGCUGACGCAGGCCUACUCAGGGAUCCAGCAGUACGCCGCCGCAGCGCUGCCCACCCUCUACAGCCAGUCCCUGCUGCAGCAGCAGGGGGCCGCCGGCAGCCAGAAGGAGGGGCCUGAAGGUGCCAACCUCUUCAUCUACCACCUGCCCCAGGAGUUCGGAGACCAGGACUUACUGCAGAUGUUCAUGCCUUUCGGAAACGUGGUCUCCGCCAAAGUCUUCAUCGACAAACAGACAAACCUUAGCAAGUGCUUUGGCUUCGUCAGCUACGACAAUCCGGUGUCGGCACAGGCAGCCAUUCAGGCCAUGAACGGCUUCCAGAUCGGCAUGAAGCGGCUGAAGGUGCAGCUGAAGCGCUCCAAGAACGACAGCAAACCUUACUGAUCUUAGCACUAGGUCUGUCCGCUCCCCCAGUUAGCACUGCUAGGGUAAGUCUCCCUCCCCCCAUUUAAAAAAGAGCAAAAGUGAUGGUUAAAAAAGUUUAUUGAAAAUAAAGCGAGCCAUGGCCUCUUGGGGCUGGGGGGGUCGGGGUGAACAGAGGGAUUGUGGGAGGUAGGGGGAGAUGACCUACAACCACCUGAGGGAGACGCACUUUUCUUUCUUGGUUAUUUUUGAAGAUUUCUAUGUAAGCCUUCAACUAUUAUUAUUUAUUACAGCUUUUGACACACAUGAACACUUCCAUUUCUGCCAUUACUUUGUGCAAUCUAUUUUUCUUUCUCUAUACAAUGGAAGAAAGUUGUUUUUUUAAAGAAUAGUUUCUUUAACCUUUAAUUUUAUUCUUUUGCAUUGAUUAUUUAUACACUUUUAGAGACUAGUUUGAGUGGAAAGUCCAGACAAAGGAGCCAUGGUACCAUUAUUUUCUUCUUUAGUUUUCUGUUUCGAACUCGAAGGCUGUGAUGGGUUCGUUUUUCAAAAUUUGCUCUUUUUUUAACCCGCUCGCCAAUAUGCACAUUCGCCCUUUGACCUCCACGGUGUUGGUUGCAGGCCGCCGCUGCUUCUCAGAAAAACCCCUUGAUGCCUGCUGGCAACCCGGGAGCAAAGGCUGCAAAACAUUCGUGGCCUCUUAACUGUAAAGUUACACUCUACCACCACAAGAAGACAAAAAAACACACAAAAUCCAGCUAAACAUUAUCAUUUAUGUACAAAUACAGUUUUUCUUAUUUCACAGAAGUUUAAAAAAAAUUGUUCUUACUUUUCUGGGUCGGAUCACAUUGGUCUUUUAUGUGAAAAGAUUAUAACAGCAUGUAGAUUUGAAAAAAAUAAACUAAAUCCAGAAUUUGUGGAAGGAAAUAAUAGUACUACAAAAAUAAGUUUAUGGGUUAAAGGGGCGGGUAUCUGAAAAUACUUGAGGUUUGUUGACAGAUUAAAAAAAAUAAUUCAAAGUACAGUAAAGCCACAGGUCUGUAAAUUUUAUUUGUAAAAAAGCAGUUCUAUUUUUAUACAACAUUUUUACUGCCUCAGAUGAAGAAAAAAUGAUUUUAUUUAUUGCCUAUCGUUAAGUUAUUGGACUCCGAUAAAGUAAACAGCAUCGCUCAACUCGACCCUGUGGAGAAACCUGCUGGAGUUCCCCGGUGUUUUUCCUUUUUUAAAUCCUUUCACGCCAGUGUUUGUUUUUGUUUUUGUUAAUUUUUUGUGCAGAAACAUGGUGACAGAAUCCAUCAGCCCUCCCAACCCGCCUGUCUCUGUGACCGUCAUCCAUCUUUACGUUUCACAGCGCGUUCUUCUCCAUUUGUCCUCUUCGGUUUCGUUAGGGUUGUUUUAAACGUUUAAUUUUUACGUGUUUUUGUCUGUCUGUCUGUCUGUCCCCCCUCCCGUCUGUAAAAUUUAAAAUAGAUUUUUAAACCAGACGGAAAUUGAUAAAAAAUAAAAUCUCGCUCCCCAAACACCACCAUCCAUCUGGGACGUGAUGGAUACGGCUUUGGGUGUGAAUGUGCGUCGUUGCUCGUAAAUAUAGAUCUAUAACAUUAAUGUCAGUUUUCUAGUAUGUAAAGAAAUGUAAAAUUAAUGCUAAACCUGCUUAUGAAACCAGUGUGUUGUGUUGCUGUUUACCGGUUUGUUUGUUGUUUGUUUUCAUUUGGUUGUUUUGGAAGAUGAUGCUGUUGUGGUGUGCUGCUCUGGCUCUCUGUGUGUAACUCUCUCCUCUCCCGUUUUUUCUUUCCCCCUUUUAGAACAACCCAUCUCCAUGCCUGUUAGUUCAUCGUUUGCCUAGCAUGUCUUCGUGGCGUCCAAAAAAAACAAACAAAAAAAACUUUAAACAAAAAACAAACAAAAAAAGUGUCCUCUUCCUCCUCCCCGUCAUUGUUUCUCUGAUGUCUUUUCCGAGCUCACCUGAUCAUAACCUGGUUCUCCUCCACCGCUGCCUACUGAUCUUUUCAGCUUUUAGCUUUUUGGACUUUUAAAUAUCAGUUUUAUGUUUUGGUUUUGUGUUUCUUUUUCUUCUUUUUCUUGCAUGUGACCUCAUUUGUAUUUUAGGGAGGCGUGGGUAAGAAAAUAAAUUAAUGUGAAAAAGAUACAGCUGCAUUCAUAUGAAAUUUAACUAAAAAGACUGAGAUUUUUAUUGAACCAAUUUUCUUUUUGAGGUAAAAAAUGACAACCUGUGGUUAAAAAAGUGAUUUCCAUUCUUUAUGUGAUUUUUUUCUUUCCUUCUUUCAUUUUAACGUAAACUUGAAAGUUCACUACAGGAAUUGGCUCUUCAUCUUGCUUCUGGUCGCAGACGGAAAACACAAAAACACAAAGCGGCACCAGAAGCAGUUGGUGCCAGUUUCUCUGAGAAAUAAGACUACUUCCACACAGUUUUAAUAAAAACUGUCUGAUCAAUAUUAGACUCUCUCAGAGCUCUCUAAUGGUUUUUACAUUUUUCAGGCAGUGUAAAGUUUUUUGAUAAGGCCAUUUUAAGUGGCUCUGUUUCUCAUUCAAAGUCUAUAUAUAGAACCACUUUUUCUAGAGUAGUUUAAAGGUAAAAAAUAAAAAAGGACAUUUGCCCUGUUUGGGGGGGAGAAAUGCUACCUACUUGUGUCACCUUUUGCUGAACUGACUCACAGAUAGACAAUCCGUGGUUUUAAAUGCACAUGAUGAAAUUACCUAUAUUUUCUACUGUUUAAAUGUAUAGAGGAAAAAACUACGAUACCUGUAACCCACGUUAACGUCGGUGCUUCUUGUGAGUUUAGUUGUGGUUUCAUCACAAGUCUAACGGUCUUAAAUGUCUCAUGUUUUCUCAAGAGAAGACAAAAAAAAUCAGUUUACUUGAACAAUAGACAAAGCCUUUCAUAUUACUAUAAUAGUUAAUUUGUUUUUUUAUUUUAUUUUUAAGGAGUCCCUAUUUGCUAAAUCUCUUGUUGGUUAAUUAGCUAUAUAAAAUUCCUAAAAAUAUAUAUAAAUAUAAAUAUAUCUAUAAAUAUAUAUAUAAAAUGUCAGCUCGUGAAGCAUCAAUGUCAUUAUUAUUUUAUUUCUCUCGUGGGAAACAAUAUUUAGAUGUGUUUCGUUGUUCAGCAAAAUGUCUUAUAAGGAAAAAAAGACAAGAUCAGUGGAGUUUAGUGCCAAAUCCUGGAGGUACUUCCUGCCUAGCGCGUCAGUGUAUUUCUUGUGAAAUAAUUUGAUAACAUGGGUAUUUUAUUAUAAGUGUUUUGUAUGGAUCCCUCAUAUUUAAAGUAUAGAUUUAAAAAAAGAGUUUGUUAACUUGCUAUUCUGUGGGCUUGUUGCCUGACUAUGUCAUGUUUGCUUUUUUCUUUGUAAAGAUGUAAAAAGUGCCCAUGUGUCAUAUAAAUAUAUAUAUAAAUAUAUCUAUACACACAUAUGCACACAUGGACACACAGACACUCUCGUGCAGACCUCACAGUUUACUUUUUAAAUGUGCAUGAGAGCCCCUGAGCGUGAAAUCCUCUUCAGCAACCGCUGCUACCCAACACACACACACACACACACACUCAUCACUUUAAUAUUUUUAGCCACUGUACCGCUGUUUGAGUCAUGAAAGCCUUACCACGAAUCUUUGCACUCCUGUUCUCUCUGUUUUUAUUAGUCUCUCGCGCUCAGACGCAAACGUCAGGCUUCGCCGUUCUUUCUCUCCUGACUCCAUCCCAGCUGAAAGUAUUAAAGCGAGAGUCAUACGCGAAGCCUUAUUUCUCUAAAUCCCCGUCUUAUCUCUUAUUUUUAAGUUCAAAAACCUUUCAGAGUUGUUUGUAUCUGAUGGCGAGAAUCGUUACUGUUUAUCACCUCCGAGGAGCGAACGCUUUCAUGAUGUAAGCACAGGGCAAGACUCAUUCAUUCAGCCUCAAUGUGUUUAGGAAAAAGCACACGUCGCCGUCCGUCCGGCGGGAGGAGGCGGGACGCUCCGGAUCUGCUGCUGAACUCUUAUUUAGUUUUUGUCUCGUCGUGUAAUGGGCCAAAAUCAUGUAUAGAUGCCAAAGUGUGUUAUUGACAUUCACAUAGUCGAGCCGUUUACAUGGCACAGUGUUGUCAGUCUAUUCAACUGCCCCUCCCUGAAAGCCUCGUUUACGGUCUGCAAAAAAGACAAAAAAAAGGCAGCAUUAUUUUCUACAGAAGCUCACCAGUCGCCUUAACCAGGGAGAGUCGCACCAGUGUUAUAAAGGUAGAGGAUGUUGUGCCAAGUCCAGGUUCAGUUCUGUGUGCCGUUAACGCCCCAUCUGUUGGGUUUCCUCCAUUUCGUCCGCCAAGACGGGAAGGGACGCCGCGCGCUCUUCUCCGGAUUGUUGUCUCCCAGGCUAAGCGAGGUUAUUAGAAACAGGAGGAGCAUCUUAUUGGAACGGCGACGGGGGAAAUAAAGAGCUUGUUGGCUUAAGAGGAAGAGGUCACGUCUGCAGGUCCACGCAGGGAAAAACAGCCGAGAUGAAGGCAGCGCCGCUUUCAUUAGAUGCUCAACACCAAACCGAAGUGUUAUUUCUCUGAUUGUGGAACUUUAAUGCUGCAUAAGUCAAAGUGGAGAAAGAAACAGCCAUAACUACACGUUUCACAGCCGGAAAAUUAAAGAACCUACAGAGGAACAUUUGUGUGCAGUGGACCUGAAAAGUUUACACACCUGUUAAAACGCAUCUUUCUCCCGAUUAUUUAUCGGCUUAGACGCAUCGGACCUUUAGGCCUAGAACACAGGUCGUCCGAUAUCUCGGAAAAACUAAUACAGUUUUAUGUUUGGCCUUUAAUCCACCUAAAAAUUAUUAUUUAUGGAAACUCCAACCAAAGUGUAAGAAAACAGUUUGUCGUCUUAAAUCUAAAACUGGGUUUUAGAUUUCCCCGAUUUAUCCACACACUUUCUUUGACACGAUUCCCAAUCAACGUCGUCUUUAUAUUCUACUUUAGUCAUUAAAAGUAAUUCAAUCUGUCCAUACAAGUGAACUUCCUGCCGCCAUAUUUAAUCUGUAACAGGAAGUCGUCUUUGUUUCGAAGGAUUUUGAUUGGCUGACAUAGGUUCUAGCUUUGCGCUACACUGCCCCCUAUGGGUUUGGUAUGUUUAAAACAUUCAUGAGAACGAUAUUUUUUAAAACAAAGUGGUGGAUAUAUUUGUUUAUGGUACAUCUGGCAGCAAUCUCCUGCGUCAUUUAUUUAUUUAUGGUACGAAAAGUCAGGAUAAGCUUCGACAAAUUUAGCAACAAUGCCUUGGAGGCUCCAAAACAAAUGCAAAAUUAUUUGUUUUGGUUUGAAAAAAUCAUAAGUUGAACUGAAAAACAGCGUCAUGGUUUCAAGUUGGGGGUUUUCAGCUCAUGGUGGAUGGCCAAGGAAUCAUGACCCGACCCAAAUCAGCAUCAAACCUUCAGCAUUGUUGGAGACAAACAACUUUAGCUUUUAGCAGGACGACACUUUCCAGGCGUCCAAAUCAACAAAAUAAUGAGGAAACGACAUACCAGCUAAAGAUUAGCAGCUAAAGAUUAGCUUGUAUCACAUCAAUAGUCGUCGAUCCGAACAACAAUAUCCCUCAGUGCUGAGGCAUCUUCUCCUGCUUUGGCUGAGCAAAGAAGGAGGGACGACCGCUCCAAGAUGGCCGCCGUAUUUCCUGCGCCGGAGCAGCCAAUGUGGCGUCUACUCUUAUAUUAUGCUAUGCUGAGAGCAACUUCCUUCUUCACCAGAUGGAAACAGAAUUAUGUCAGAAUUAUAAUUUCGACUUCCUGCUCAUUCGAACUCCAGUUUGAACAAAAGAAAAGUGGGCUAAUAUUUCCGGGUCACGAGUUUUACGUUGCACGUUAAUCAGAAAAACCUUCCAUUUAACGUGGUGUGUAAACUUUUUAUAUCCUCUGUACAACUCCAUAUUUCACACUCUCACUUCUCUCUUGCACAGUAUGUUUUAAUUUAAACACAGAUGCUAGAUGUUAAAGACCUGUAAAAGUCCAAAAACGAUAUUUUUUGCGCUGCCAAAUUGCACCAACUUGCACACAGCCCGCCCGACGCGGCGCAGCGUUAGCUUGAAGCAUCUCGCCUUUGGAAGCACAAGAAGCCGAGUUUCUGUGGAGCGGCUCACCUCAGGGGCUGUCAUCGCCAACGCUCGUUGUAAUCUUUCUAUCUCGUCACUGUUCACUUCUCUGUUCUCCUUCUUUCUUAAUUAUCUUAAGUGCUAUUUAUCAAAUACUGAAAUCUGAAAGGACAAAAAAAAUCUAACUUGUUGUUUCUUUGCAUUAUGGCUUAUGUCAAGUUUUUUGAGGAGAAAAAUGUUUUGUGUGUUCUCUUUCCGUGGCGUAAAAACAGAGCUUGUUGUCUGUAAA